AUGGGGUUGGUCGAAACUCCUAAGACGGCCGCUCGCGUCGACCAGCAUGUCGAUUUUUCCAAAGCAGCGCCGCCUAGUACUUCAGAGGAGUGGAUUGCGCGCGCAAGGGAUGUUGCUCAGAUUCUCGCCGUGGACGCCCCCCAGCGAGAUAUCGAGAACAAGUCACCAUCCGACGAAAUUCAGCUUCUCAAAGCUUCCGGGUUGACAAAACUCCUGGCACCCAAGGAAUAUGGCGGCGCUGGUCAGGAUUGGUCCAUCGCGUACAAGGCUAUCCGCGAAGUGGCAAAGGGCGACGGCUCCAUUGGCAUGCUUCUAGGCUAUCAUCUCCUGUGGUCCACGACUGUCAACGUCGUUGGCACUGACGAGCAGAGACAGCGCGUGCAGAAAUUGAUCCUAGAUAAUAACUGGUUCAUUGGCGGCGCCGUGAACCCACGCAAUGCUGAUCUCAAAAUCACCAUUGAUGGCGAGGAACUCGUGUUCAAUGGUUCCAAGUUCUUCAAUACUGGAGGCGUCGUGUCCGAUGCCACGAUUCUCGAGGGCGUGUUAGAUGGUACCGGGGACCAUAUUUUCACCAUUGUACCCACAAAACAGCCCGGAAUCCAAUUUGGCCAUGACUGGGACAACAUUGGCAUGCGAUUGACCGAGUCCGGGAGUGUCAAGAUCGAGAACGUCCGCGUCCCUUGGACCGACGCUUUUGGGUGGGAUAGCACGACCAAGAAACCAAUUGACGCCGUGUUGAAGGUUCCUUUUGCCUCCCUCUUGUUACCGACCAUCCAGCUGGUCUUCUCAAACUUUUACGUGGGCAUCGCACUGGGUGCGCUUGACGAGGCCAAAAAAUGGACCACGUCCAAAACCCGCGCGUGGCCCUAUGGCGGGGAUAACAAAGAAAAGGCAACUGACGAGCACUACAUCCUGGCGCGUUACGGGAACUUCCACGCGCAUCUGAGGGCAGCUGAAGCACUGGCAGAUCGUGCUGGUGAGGAAUUGCGGGACGUAUACCGGGACCAUAGUGAGAAGAGAGAUGUGAGCGCUCGGCGGCGGGGCGAGGUUGCGGAAUGGGUAGCGAGCAUCAAAAUCGUGGCCACAGAUGUCAGCCUGCAGGUGACCAGUGGAAUCUUUGAGGUCACUGGUGCCAGCUCCACAGCCAGAAAAGUUGGGUUGGAUCGCUUUUGGAGGGACGUGAGGACGCACACUCUGCAUGACCCAGUGGCGUAUAAGGAGCGGGAGCUGGGGACCUUUUAUUUGCUGGAUGAGGUUCCUCAGCCGACCUGGUAUACUUGA